AUUGUCAAUUCAGUCAGUUAUCAUAAUUUAUAUAUAUUUUGACAAUUGCAAUGUUAAGGAAUAUAGAUAAUUAAUAAUAAAAUUUGUAUUUCAAUUUUUAAAGUGUGGUGUUUCAAUUUUUCAGUAAAAUAUUAAAUGUCAUGUCAUACUUAAAGGAAAACUCCUAGCCUUAUGAUUUGUCAUAGUGAGUUUUUGACAAACUAACAAUUAUUGCUAGUUCAGUGAUCUUCGUGAUUCAUAUAUAAGUACAUUUUGACAAUUGUAAUGUAAAUAAAUCCAAUAAUGAACAAUAAAAUUUGUCUUUUAGUUUUUAAAAGUUUAAUUUUACUUCAGUUUAUUAUAAAAGGUUAUGGCAUUAGAACUAAGGAUAAAAUGUAUGAAAAAAUUUCAAGUACAAGUGCAUGUUAUAGAAGACUAAAUGGUACACAUCAAGUGGGAUGUACUUCAAAAAGAGGUGGUUCUAUAGGUGUAAUCCACUUCUGUGAUAACCUAAAAGAUUUAGAAAACAUAAUUUCUGAAGGCACUUCACCCCCUUACAUUCCAAUUUUGCCUACUAGAUUAUUUCAUCCUAAAAUCCUACAAUUCAUGAUUGACAGUGAGAAAGUGAAUGGAGUGAUUCUUCAUUCAGAUAAUGAUACAUUAAACAACUUUACUCAUGACAAUCAAUGCCCUAAUCCACAAUCUAGUUUAAAAGGUACUUGUAGUAAGGAUUCAAUUUGGAACCCUUGGGGAACCGGUAUGCUUUAUUUAGACAUACCUUUUCCUAUAUUUUACGUUGAAAAUAGUGAAAAUAUACAGAGUAUUAAAGAUUGCUUCAAUAAAUUCAAUAAUUACUCGUACAGUGAGCAAAUUUAUAGACCAUUAUGUUCUUUGGAAUUGAGGUCUUUUAUGUAUGCCACUACUAAUACUCCUACAUGUAUAAGGAGAUCUGAUCUUCUUACUUCUUUAAAUCCAACAAAAUUUUGUGAUCCAUUAGGGGAUAACAAUAUAUGGGCCAGCUUGCACCCUUUAGUUGAAACAAUUAAUAAAAAUGAAACUAGAGCUGUAAUAGAUCAAACUUAUAUUGUUGUCGCCGCCAAAUUAGAUACAACGUCGUUUUUUGAAAAAACAGUUGGUGCAAACAGCCCUAUAAGUGGUAUUGUGACUUUACUAAGCUUAGCUAAGUUUCUAAAUGAUACUGUUACUUUAGAAGACGUACAGAAAGCAAAGAAAAAUGUUUUAUUUUUCCUUUUCAAUGGGGAAUCUUAUGAUUAUAUAGGUUCUCAAAGAAUGUUAUAUGAUAUGAUCCAUGGAAAUUUUCCUGUUGAUGAUGUUGAAGGUUCCGAUUUUCUUCCUCCUAUUAGUCCGAUGAAUAUCAAUCUUUAUAUAGAACUUUCUCAAUUGGGUAAUUCAAAUGGAACACUUUACAUUCAUCAUUUAAAUGAAGAACAAGCAAUAACCAACUUUAUCGAAAUACUCAGAGAUUAUACUACGGAAGAGAUACAACUUGAAACUGUACCUAGAAGUUUACCACCAUCGUCUUUGCACACAUUCAAAAAAGAUUUCCCCAAUUUUCCAGGUUUAGUAAUAGCUGAUCAUAAAACUGCAUAUUCAAAUAAUUUUUACAAUUCAAUUUAUGAUGAUUCAAAUAACAUUCGUUUUAAGUAUUAUAAUGUGUCUAAAGAAGAAGAAAGUCUCAUUCCUAAAGACAGUAUACAAUAUUUUAUAACAAAUGUUACAGAAAUAUUGGGUAAAAGUAUUUUUACUGCCAUUACGGAAAGAAAUUAUACUGGGGAUUAUAAGUUUGAUGUUGUAUUGGUAAAUGAAUUGUUAUUUUGUUAUUUGGAAGAUUCUAGUUGUAAGGUGCAUCAAGCUAUCCACAAUAAUACGAAAUGGCCAAAGAAACCGUUAAAUCUAUACGUAGGUGUAGAACGAGGUGAAAAUAUUGCGACAACUGUGGCUGCUUUAACGUUAGGAUGGUUUACUGGAAAAUACGCAGGACCAGGGAAUAUUAAUUGUACAAAGAAACCUAAAAAUUCUGCGUUCAGUUAUUACAAUAUGUCGACUAGCAUAUAUGAUUUGAAUGUCACAAAUUGUUAUAAAAUAACUAUGAAUACAACAAAAGCAGUGAGUCCUGCUUUCAAUAUUUCAGAUUACAACUGGUCUUCUGGUAUGUACAGUACAUGGUCAGAAUCUACCUGGACGGAUAUAAGUGCAAGAAUGUUUCUUAAACCUUCACCCAGUCAAGAAUAUUUGAACAUAGCGUUAGGAUGCAUGAGUUUGUUAUUUUCUUUCGGGAUAAUGUAUUUAGUAAAAAUGAGGUCUCACAUUAUUUUUCAAUCUAUGGCUGUAAGCGAAGCACCAACUGACUGUUGAUACCUUAUUUAAUUCAUAAUGUGAGAUUAUUUGAUUAAAUUAUGUCGCAUGUUUUAUAUUUUCACUAAAUUGUGAUAUAUUUUUAAAUUGAAUUAAUUUUAGGGUGAAAAACAAUUGUCCAUUUCUUUUAUGUGUAAAUUUUGAAAUAAAAUGUACUAAUUUGUU